GGCCGGCGGUCUUUCCUCCUCUCCACGUCGUCGUAUGCAGCAGCUUGGGAGGGGAACAUCUUCUCAGUCAGAACAACGGGAUUCGGGGCCCGCCACGGACAUACAUGCAACCCCGCUACCGCCGUUGGCACUGAAGACGGGCCACCCAAAUUCUACACAAGAGUGCCACAGCCAGAGCAGAAAGAAUGCGAGUGGCCAACGGAGCCCUCGCCUCCAUGGCCUUCACGGGCGUUGCAGCCGCGAUGCUGCUGCUGCUAAGCUUAACAGAAACUGACGCUCAAAUACUUAACCCACCUUACUUCAACUUGGCCGAAGGACGGUCCAUCUGGGCCACAGCGACGUGCGGAGACUCAUCGCCGGACGAACUCUACUGCAAGCUGGUCGGAGCAAACUUGGACGCCCAGGACAGUCCUAACAUCAACCUGAUCCAAGGCCAGGUCUGCGACUACUGCAACAUGAGUGACCCUAGAAGAGCCCAUCCGCCCGAAAAUGCCAUCGAUGGUUCCGAGAAGUGGUGGCAGAGUCCGCCCUUGUCGCGAGGCACGAGGUUCAACGAGGUCAACCUCACCAUCGACCUCGGUCAGGAAUUCCACGUGGCCUACGUAUUCGUCAAGAUGGCGAACUCUCCUCGGCCGGGCGUCUGGGUUCUUGAGAGGUCAACAGACAACGGCGAGACAUACAAGGCUUGGCAGUACUUUGCCGACACGUACGCAGACUGUACCUCCUACUUCGGUCCCAACGUGGAGGACCACAUCAGCAAGGACGACUCGGUCAUAUGCGAAACAAAGUUCUCCAAGGUUGUUCCUCUGGAAGGCGGUGAGAUGGUGAUCUCCCUUCUGAACGGUCGUCCCAGCGCUGACAACUUCACAUACUCGCCGGAGCUCCAGGAGUGGACAAAGGCUACCAACGUUCGUGUGCGUCUCUUGAGGACCAAGACCUUGUUGGGGCAUCUCAUGUCCGUCGAACGUCAGGAUCCAACAGUCACUCGUCGGUACUUCUACAGCAUCAAAGAUAUCAAUAUUGGAGGUCGAUGCGUCUGCAACGGACAUGCAGACACUUGCGACGUAUCUGAGCCCACUGCUCCAACGAAGUUGCACUGCCGCUGCCAACACAACACUUGCGGUCCCCAAUGCGACCAAUGCUGUCCAGGGUUCCAGCAAAACAAAUGGAGUCGGGCAAGCAUCGACAACCCACACGUCUGCGAGCCAUGCAACUGCUUCGGACACUCGCACGAGUGUGUCUACGACGAAGAAGUGGAUGCCGAGCAGCAGAGUCUCAACAUCCACGGCAUCUACGACGGAGGAGGUGUUUGCCAGAACUGCAGACACAACACGGAUGGCAUCAACUGCGACAAAUGCAAACCUGGCUAUUUUAGACCUUAUAACAAGCUACUCAAUGCUACUGAUGUCUGUCACCCAUGCCAGUGUGACUUGACCUUCUCAUCGGGAAACUGUGCGGAAGGUUCCGGACAGUGUGAGUGUCGUCCGGAGUUCCUGCCGCCUCACUGCGACCAGUGCAGCGUCGGCUACUACGGAUUUCCAGCCUGUCGUCCGUGCGACUGUCACUCCGAGGGAACCAGAGGUCGCGUCUGUCAGGUCCAGGGAGGACAGUGUCCCUGCAAGCCAAACUACGACGGAAAGAACUGUGAUCGUUGCGCAGAGGGGUAUUAUGGCUUUCCAGACUGCCAACCCUGCCACUGCAACCCUGGUGCGUCUGUGGGCGGGAACUGUGAUGCAGAGACUGGCCAAUGCGAAUGCAGAAAUAGCUACGGUGGACGGCAGUGCCUUCACUGUGAAGUCGGUUUCUAUGACUACCCGGCAUGCAAAUACUGUUCCUGCGACACGACUGGCACCGUUGAGGACGUCUGCAACAACUCAACCGGAGAAUGUCUCUGCGAGACCGGAUACGGUGGACGACGUUGCGACCAGUGUGCUCCGGGAUUCUACGGUUACCCUAAUUGCGUUCCUUGCGAGUGUGACGAGAGGGGCUCCCUGGGCACCGUCUGCGACAUUCGGGGAAACUGCCGCUGCCUCAACAGCUUUACGGGACCAAGAUGCGACAAGUGUGCUCCGGGCUUUUAUUCGUACCCGGAUUGCUUUCAGUGCGACUGCGACCCGUACGGUUCCAUCGGUCGUUCUUGUGAUCACGAAGGAAAAUGCGUCUGCCGGCCCAGCUUCGAGGGCGACAAGUGCGAUCAAUGCAAAAAGGGUUUUUACAACUACCCACGUUGCGAGGGGUGCAACUGCAACCCUGCUGGUAUAGUGGCAACGUUCGGCGGUUGCGGAAGCCUCCCUGUCGGCGAACUUUGCGAGUGUAAGGAACGGGUCAUGGGCCGUAUCUGCGAUCAGUGUCGACCUCUUUACUGGAACCUCAAGUCUGGAAAUCCCUACGGCUGUGAAGAAUGUGAGUGCCAUACUCCUGGUACCAUGGGUGGAAUGAACGUCUGCGAAGGACAGUCAGGCCAGUGCCACUGCAAGCCUAAUGUUGGAGGACGGCAAUGCAGCGAGUGUCUUGAAGGCACUUACGAGCUUCAAGAGGGUGACUUAUUCGGUUGUCAAGAUUGCGGUUGUGACGUUGGAGGGUCGGUUGGUACCUCGUGCGACCCUGGCACCGGCCAGUGCCGGUGUAGACCUCGGGUGACAGGACGUCGCUGCGACGAGCCUCUUCAGGCUCACUUCUUCCCUACGUUACAUCAGCACCGCCUCGAAGUCGAAGAAGGCAGAACGCCUUCGGGAGUUCCAGCCCGUUUUGACUUUGACAGUUCGCUCUUCCCCGGUUACUCGUGGAGGGGCUACGCCAUAUUUUCAAACAUUCAGAAAGAAAUCUUGAUGGACCUAGACAUCCAGAAGCCCAGUCUCUUUCAGGUUAUCGCGCGUUACGUCAGUUUAAACGGCGAUAACGUAUACGCCAACAUCACGUUGACGCCAGAUACAUACGGAGAGACCAAGCAGAGUGAAAUCAUGGUGCUCUCUCCAAGCAGAGAUCCCAGGUUCCAAGCUGUGGUCGGACCAGAUGGUGUAACAGCCCUACCGUUUGUGCUCAACCCCGGCAGGUGGACUCUGUCUGUGCAAGUACAGAAGCCAAUCUUCAUGGACUACGUUGUGGUUCUACCAGAAGCCUACUACGAGGCCACACUGCUGCAAGAAGACGUCCGCAAGCCCUGCUCUCCUGGCUCCCCGGGACCUUGCCGCCUGAUGCGUUAUCCAGACCCACCGGACAGUGCAAUGGUUUCCUUUGUGAUGGAAGAUGGCUACUAUGAAUCGGAUGGUGCCACUGAGUCCAUCAGCCCUGUGGUGAACUUCCCGUACAUGGAGGACAUAGGCCAUGGAUCUAUCGCUGAAGUCAACUCGAAUCAUCCAUCGGUGGCUAUGCAAGUAACAGUGCCAAAAUCGGGUUACUACGUUUUCCUAGUCUCCUACCAUACGUUGGACGGUAACACGUCUACCACAGCGGACUUUGAAGUGUCCGAAGCUGGAAGGACGGCGUAUGGAAAACUGAAUUUGCCUCUCUGCAAUUACGGCUUCCUAUGCCAACAGGUCGUGAUAGACGACAUGAACCGUGUCUUGGAGUUCGAAUUCAAGAACAACACGGGCGAUGUUCGCUUUACUGCGGCUGACGGUUCGGAGAUUGGUGUCGGUAAGAUUAUGGCCAUACCGGUGGAAGACUGGCACACGGACUACGUGGUUCCGAAGGAAGAGUGUGUUCAACGUGAUGGCGAAUGCAUGGGGGCGUUGUUCCCAUCCUCGUCGCCAGCUUCUAAGGUGGAAUUUGAAAGCGGAGAAAACGCGGACCGCGUGACAGAGAACUUCCCACCAACACUUAAAGACAAUAUGACGCGGCUUGUCUUCUUGGACCUUUAUAACCCAAAGAUCGAAAUUCGUGGUACUGUUCCAGCUCCUGGACCAUAUGUAUUUGUUGUCCACUAUUACCAGCCAGAACAUCCGUCUCACAAGCUGGACGUCAAGAUUGAGGACGGAACUUCGUUUGAGGGCGAACUUCCACUGGAACACUGCGCCUCGGCGUCGGGGUGUCGUGCUGUUGUACGCGACUCGCAAACGCAAGGUCGUGACUUUCAGCUGAACGGGGACUUCACACUCAGGUUUAUUCAGCCUGACGAGAAGAAAUCAGUUUGGCUGGACUACGUCAUGGUUAUUCCAGAAGACCAAUUUGACGGGUCCAUAAUGAAUCCACUUCCGUUGGACAAAGCCGUUGAAUUUAUCAAGCAGUGUGGCCAGAACAGCUUCCAAAUGAAUGAAGAAGCCAGCGACUUCUGCAAAGAAGCAAUCUUCUCGCUGACCACGGAGUAUAACAACGGAGCCCUGCCCUGUAGGUGCAACGUCGACGGUUCCAAGUCCUUCGAGUGCGAGCGCUUCGGAGGUCAAUGCCAAUGUAAGGAUGACGUCAUUGGAAGAACGUGCUCCCAGUGCCGCACUGGCUAUUUCGGCUUUCCGAACUGCCGUCCCUGCGACUGUCCGAACACCGCUGUCUGCCAUCCAAUCACGGGCCAAUGCAUCUGUCCACCACGAGUGACGGGAGAGAAAUGCGACACGUGCGAACCCCUUACAUUCGGGUACACACGGAUCAUUGGUUGCGAGGAGUGUAACUGCAAGCGAGAAGGCGUCCAUGGAGGCAACAUGCAGUGCGACCUGCAAACUGGUCAGUGCCAAUGUAAAAGCAGCAUUGUCGGAAGAACAUGCGACGAGUGCAAGCGUGGCUAUUGGAUGUAUCCAUAUUGUCGCCUCUGCAACUGUGACUUGCGUGGAACAGUCGAGGAUAUUUGCAACCAGGACACUUCUGAGUGCUUCUGCAAGGAAAACGUAGAAGGCGAAUCGUGCGACCAGUGCAAGCCAGGCACCUUCUUCCUGGAAGAGCAUAAUCCGCUGGGAUGCACGAAGUGUUUCUGCUUCGGAACUACUGAACGAUGCGCCAGUGCGCACAUGUUCCGUGGCCAGGUUACGGAAAUGGACGGUUGGACGGGCGUGGAACUCAACAUCGUCGGAGACUUGAAGGAACAAGUAUCAAGCGUUUAUAUUGAUGCCUCACCGAACUUUCUUCGCGCAACCGAAUUUCCAGAGGAACCUUCUCCUGGAUCUCCAUUCUUCUUCUCUGCACCUUUUCCAUACUUGGGAAAGAAGAUUACGUCCUACGGCGGAACAGUUUCGUAUACCAUCGUGACGAAGACUGAUAACGACGUGGACUUCGGCAGUAUCCUCGGUGCAGAUGUCAUCCUAACGGGCAACAACCUGACUAUCGCUCAUGAACAUGCUGAGCAACCAGCCGCUGGCAUCCCUCUGGAAAUCAGCUUCAAGCUGGUAGAGAGCGAAUUCCGCCAGCUGAGCGGACGCAAAGUAACGCGAGAGCAGCUCAUGAUGGUGCUGGUCAACUUGGAAGGUCUGUACAUCCGUGGUGCUUACUUUCAUCCUGCCCUAGAAGUGCGCGUGACAAACAUCGCAAUGGAUAUCGCCCUUAACAAUUACGUGCAAAACAGCCAGCAAGCUCUCACCGUGGAACAGUGUCACUGCCCACCGAACUACAGGGGGUCCUCCUGCGAGGAAUGUUCUUCCGGUUACUACCGUUCCAAGACAGGUCCCUACCUCGGCUUCUGCGUCCCCUGCCAAUGUAACGGUCAUUCGGACGAGUGUGACGUUGUUACUGGAAAGUGUCUGAACUGCAGGCACAAUACACAUGGAGACCAUUGUGAUAUGUGCGCUGAAGGCUACCACGGCGACGCACGUCGAGGAUCGCCUGAUGACUGUCUUAUCUGCGCUUGUCCACUUCCUAUUCCAUCGAACAAUUUCGCUCAAAGUUGCGAAGUGUCACCGAGUGGACUGGAAAUCAGCUGCAACUGCAAGCCAGGCUACUUUGGACCUCGAUGCGACGUUUGCGACGCCGGAUACUUCGGGCAACCGGACGUCAUUGGCAGCACAUGCGAACCGUGCAAGUGCAGCGGGAACAUCGACACGAAUAACCCCCAGUCGUGUGACUCUGUCACGGGCGACUGUGUGCUCUGUUUAAACAACACAUCUGGACCUGCGUGUGAGCUAUGCGCUCCAGGAUUUUAUGGAGAUGCCAUACUUGGGAAGGACUGCCGAAAGUGUCCAUGUGAGAAGUGUGGUACCGCCAGAUGCGACCACAGAGCAGGAGUUUGCGAAUGCAACCCGAACGUCGUCGGUGAUCUCUGCGAACGAUGUGCGCCAAAUCACUGGGGAUACGACAGUUGCCAAGGCUGUCGAGAUUGUCACUGUGGUGCCGCUUCUUUCUCCGACCAAUGCGACCUGCAAACCGGACAGUGCAGCUGCAAGCCAGGUGCAGGUGGGCAACGCUGUGAGGUCUGCGAACCUGGCUACUGGCGCUACUCUGAGGAAGGCUGCGUGUCAUGCAACUGUGCGGCCAAGUUCUCGGCGGGUGCCGUGUGCAACCAGUUAACGGGACAGUGUCAAUGCCUGCCCGGCGUCGUCGGCGACAAGUGCGACAGUUGUCCGCAUCGUUGGGUGUUUGUCGAGAGGCAAGGAUGUCACGAGUGCGGCGAAUGCAUUCAUGCUCUUCUUGACGACACUGAUGCCCUUGGAGAUGACCUUGCCGGAAUUCACACCGAAGUCAACACACUCUCAGCUUCGUACCUGGCAAAUCAACGGCUGAUGCGCAUCAACAACACCGCACAAGAACUACGAGAUGAGCUGGACGCCUUCGACAUUGAACCGAGCGGUAUCAGCCUCACUCCACUGUCUGACAACGUUGCAGGCAUCGAAGCCCUCGUUUCCAGCCUCCAGAGAGAGUCGUCCAAUAUGGAGCUAUCAGCCCAAGCUAGCGAGAACAAGGCUCACAGUACAUUAAAGGAUGCCAUAGAAGAGGAAGCUUUUGUGAAGAAGAUUAUUGAAGACAUGCACGCUAUCCUGCGCACUCUACGUGAUUUAGCGGACGGCAUCGGUUUAACUGCGCCCAGUAGCAUCGACAGAGUUCUAGACCAGGCCAAACAUAUCAAGACCGAACUGGAGGAAAGAGACUUCACAGAACGCAAGAACGACACCCAGGACACACUUGAGCAGGCCCGCGAAAUUCUGGAACGUGCUCGGGAAUUCGCGCUUCCGGCGGACCAGAACAACGCGACACUGCACGAAGUGAAGAGAGCUCUCGAGGAACUGCAAAGUCGUCUGGAAGAAUUUGGUCACUUGAGUCGCGGAGUGAAAGAAGAGGUACAAAGAACAGAGGAACAACUGCGCAUGGCCCACAGUUCUCCCGUAAAGGGAAUAAUCGCCCAGAGCCAAGAAAUCGAGGAGAAGAUUGACGUGACCCUCACGGAGGCUCGAGGGCUUUUAGAGGGAGGCUACGAGUUCAACAACAUAACAGAUAGAGUCUUUGGUCCUCUCCAAGAGUCAGCAGACAGGCUGGAAGCUAUGGCUGAACUACUCGCAGAAGGGCUGAAAAAUGUCACUGAAGGUGUCCGAGAGGUGAAACCACAAGCCAAUCGCGCCCAGGACCAUUCUCGUGCCCUUCAGGCGCAAGCGAGGGAAUGCGAACACAUUCUCAAAGACCCUCAAGAAUUAUCCUCCAGUGCCCUGGCCUACGACGAGAUUGUAAACAUGAUCGAGAAAGCUCACAUGGCCUCCCAGGCGGCGCUCAACAGCUCUGACGAAGCACACAGCAUGUCUGACGGCGUGGUUGACACAGUGUCGGUGUCCAAAGAACAAAGUGAGGACUUUCUAGAGAAGGCAAGAGAGCUCCAGGACCACGUGGACAAUGACCUCAAACGUAGGAUGGCUACAGCACAUCGUCAACUGGCGACCGUUCGGGCCCAGAACGACAGGAGUGGCAGGGACGUCGAAUACAUCAACAGAGAACUCGACGGUUUGCGUUUCGGUGACGUCAAUGACAAAAUUCGAGGUAGUCUACAGUCCGCAGGAGAGACCCAGUUCUCGGCGUCCAAUACAACUGCCCGCGUCGAGGAGUUCCUGGGCCGUCUACCGGGCGACAAUGUUCACGCCAAGGAAGUUUCCAUUGACAGCGUGGGUGUCAAGGAUUCCCUACUGGCAGCUUCCAGAUUCGUUGAAAAAGCUAUAGAGGAUGUUCCAAAGUUGAACAGGCAAGCAGAUAGGCUCUCGGUGAAGGAUGGAUACAACAAGGCCGCGGCCACUGACGUGAGGGACAAGAUAGAGGAACUCAAACGGAAGGUGGAGUUGGCAAAGGACGAGGCUAAUAGGAUCAAAAUUGGAAUGGAAUUCAACGGAGACCAAACGGUUCAGCUGCGCAACCCUGAGAACCUUCGAGACGCGGCUACUUUCACAGAACUCUCCAUGUACUUCAAGACGGCGCACACCGACGGAGUCCUCUUCUAUUUGGGCAACGAACCCGGCAGUCCUGGAAGGGCGGUUCGUUCCGUUGGACACCAAGACGACUACAUGGCGCUGAUCCUCAGGCACGGGUACCUGGUGUUGAUUGUCAAUCUUGGUGAUGGCGCCGAAGAAAUUCGCCAUAGCAAACGUGUGGCUGAUGGCCAAUGGCAUCAGGUCAUCAUCGACAGAACCGGCAAAACCGUGAACCUCAUUGUGAGAACCGAGGUUGGCGAAGGCGUGGAUGAGAGCAAGGACACACGAUUUCUCCAGGGAACGCACAGCGUCUUCAAUUUGGACCAGGAGCACGCCAAGUUCUACAUCGGUGGAGUGCCCGACCACUCUAUGGUUCAACUUAACCUCGACGACCGCAAUCCCUUCGAGGGCUCCAUUGAGGAACUCGUGUUCGGAUCAUCCCCCAUUGGUCUGUGGAACUUUGCGAAGCGUGAAGGUGAACUUGCCAGUGUGAUGGAACGAGACAGCUUGGUAAUCGUACCAACAUCUAACGGUUUGAGCUUCGAUGGCACCGGGUAUGCCAUUAUCGCCAAGGACAAGAAUUACUUCCGCGAUGGCGUCAGCGUCAGCAUGUCCUUCAAGACAUUCGCAAAUGAAGGCCUCCUCGUCCUUAUUCACAAUAACGCCCCAGCACAUGAGAGAAGAUUUGUGGCCCUGGAGCUUCGUGAUGGUCGCGUAUUGUUCAAGUUCAACCUCGGCGGCCAGUUGACGGUCAUUCCCACUCGCCACAGCUACAACGACGGGAAAUGGCACAGGAUUGAUGGCGGAACAUUCGACAACCAGGCCUCGCUAACGGUCGGAGAGGAGGGGCCACUGUCUACCAUGUACCGUGGAGAAGAGACAACACUGGAGUCCAUAGAUGAUAUCUUCAUUGGCGGUCACCCAAAAGAACACGGCUUCUCAAACGUUACUCGAGUCAAAUUUGAGGGGUGCAUACAAGAUAUGGACUUCGACGCAUUCCGCAUCGACAUGUUGAAGACAAAAGAGGCAUUAGCUGUUAGUUCUGGAUGUCCGCCUUCAGUGGCUCGUGUCAUAUCAUUCACUGGUGACGCCACUGGCUACGUGGCCAUGCCUUCCUCGGACAUCACACAAGACAACCAGAUCACUUUCAAAUUCCGCACGAUUGAACCGGACGGGUUGAUAUUCUACGCCGCCAACGAUGACCAGAGCACGUACCUGGCCAUCGGCAUUCGAGACGGAACGCUCUUUAUGCGUGCCAAACCCGGAGGCGAAGUCAAAACGGAUGUGACGUACAACGAUGGCGUAUGGCACUACGUCACAGCAAGCAGUUACGUAACGCGUCUCAGGCUGGACAUUGAUGACGCCAUUGUUAGACAACUAAAUACAGCAGAACAAGUUUACUUGCCAACGAGCAGCAAGUUGUACUUUGGCGGAGUUCCAGAGUCUUACGAGAUCAACCCAGAAGUGGGUCUGAGCCACGCUCCCUUCUUCAUUGGUUGUCUCGGUGACGUCACUGUACGUGGAGACCAUCAGAACUUCGCUGCAACGGCCGACAGGACUAAUGUUGCGUUAGCAAAAUGUCCUACGUCACUCGAGAGGAAGGACGACGACAAGAUGGUCUCACCAGGAACGGGUGUCAUGCUUGAAGGUGGUUCAGGUAGUCGACCCAGUGUUACGCUACCCGGUUGCGUACUUCCUCUUCAUCCUGCGGAAGACGAAGACUUGAGACCAGACAGCGGGAUCCGCUUUGGAAAUACACCGCACAGUCGGCUGGAGUAUCAUAUCAGUACGUUCCUCAUCGGCAGCCUCCUUGACGAAUCAGUCAUUUCCAUGGAGUUCCGCACGCAGCACAGGGACGGCGUGCUCUUCUACAUUGGCAGCAGUAAUAUGGUCGAUUAUAUCGCCAUCUUUAUGAAGGACGGCAAGGUCCACGUCAUGUUCAGCUGCGGCACGGGCCCUGGACUCAUUAUGUCGUCCGAGUCAUACAACUUGGGCGACUGGCACUCCCUCCAGUUCACAAGACGUGGCCAGGCCGGUACACUUUACAUGGACGAGAAGCCACCAAUUACUGGCACUUCGCAGGGAAUGACCAACUCUCUCAAUCUUCAUUCUCCGGCGUAUUUGGGCGGACUACCCCAAAAUUUGUCGGCCACCGCAAAGCACAUUUUCAAGGGGGUCACGUCAUCUUUCCCUGGCUGUAUUCGAAACUUGGAGGUUCAAAGUGAAGAGCUAAAUAGAGUGAAGAACAGAGUUGAUGUAACGAGGUGCUCGCAGAAGGUAGAAACUGGAAGCUUCUUUGGAGGCAACGGUAGCCGAAUCGUUCUGUACGACAACUACAAGGUGGGCAAGCAGAUGACUCUGGAGCUCGACGUGAAGCCACGCAGACCUUCCGGCGUUCUAGUUGCUGUGCACAGCAACGACCAGAAGGACUUCGUCCUGCUUCAGCUUGCCAACGGAACGAUCAAGUUCAUGGUAGACAACGGAGCAGGCAUUAUAACAGCCGCCGUUGAAGCAGGAAAUCUCUGCGACGGCGAAUGGCACACCAUCAAAGUUGUGAAGAACCAGAACGUGGUGACGCUGAGCGCUGCCGGCCAGAGUAAGGUGGCAUUCGGUACUGGUGGUGUGACGGCUACAGACACGGCUAACCCGUUCUACGUUGGAGGAGUGCCUGACCCUGCGAACACUCGCGCCGUCGAGACGACGGACCAGUACGUCGGCUGCAUCCGCUAUUUGCAGAUCAACAGCAAGUUGCAGUCCCUUGCAGAGAGCAAGGUCCACGGCGAUGUGCAUCUCAACUCCUGCCCUACCAUCUAAGAUACAGCAGGAGUUUUUCUUCUCCCUCUAAUUUCAUGUCUCUUCGGCGGUCGUGUAGAACUCGCUCGACUGUGAAAUGGUAGUACGAAUGCAGUUAUUUUCUCAACCUCAAUGCAUAGAAAACAGUAUACUACUUUGAAUACGGUUGUAUUUUGUCACAUUGGCUCUUCGCUAACAGUGCUCAGGCCGUUUUACGGCUAAAGCCACUGCCAAAAAAACGCUGGAUCAGUACAUAGGAAUCAACACGAAUAACACGCACGUACUAAUAUUUCACACUGCACGAUUUGCACAUCUUUAUUUCUCUGGAGCUUACUGUCUGACGCUACAGACGCUACAAUCAGACAACACAAUCACAAUCACAAAUCCUGUACCCUGCAAUCAAGAAACACGGGACGUAGGAGAUUGAGAGCACCGCCAGCAAACGGGCUUCGUCGACAGAUGCGCCACCCCACUAUGUGUUUGAGCGCCCAUGGUAAUUUCAAGAGAACCGUCCCACAAUGGUAGUAUUGCAUAUGACCAAGCAAUACUACCUAGCGAUAAUAUAGCUGGCGUGGUUUACCUUCAGUUGGACUUCUCAGAUGAUCAGCGUGAUCAAGCCCCAGCCCGAUGGCGCCAUCUUUUAUUUCUGUGGUUGCUGCGAACCGGUGUGUCGCGUCACGAUGUUGAGCGCUUGCGUGAAUACGAGGCCCCGUACAAUUGUAAACGUUGAGUUGUUCUGACGUCAGUUCAAGACUCUAAGCAAGCACAAAAACAUGCUUCCCUCUCCCAAGCCGAUGGAAUAAAAUGCCCUUUUGCUUUCAA